AUGACAACCACAACGACCCAGAUCUUGGUGCGGGAACCCGAUUAUCAGUCUGAUGCCCCAACACCAAUGACACAGCAUGAUAUCCUCCAGAUAACUCUCAACGGACCUGGUCUGGUCCUGACGAUCCUCGCAACGAUUCUUGCCAUCCAGAUUUUGCAACCUUCCCUCACAUGCACACUUCUGGCAUUGGCUCCUCUGCCAUGGAUCAUCCACAACGACUAUGUCAAUUUCCUCAGUCUUGGCCCGGGUGGAACUCCCUCAACCUUUUUUGGGUAUCUCAAAAUCACCUACCUCAGACUUUUUGCCUUAUCCGACCCCUAUACCCCUGUGAUGAUAGUGUCCGAGAAGAUAUAUCCCAUUACAGGGUAUUACGAACGUGCUCAAUCUUGGCUUCCGGAACGAACAGGUCCUCGACCGAGGAUUGCAGGUAUCGCCCCACAACGACAACUUGAUCAGCCCGGCUGCGCUGAGAUGAAUCGAAUUCUGCGAACAAGUCUCGAGAAUCUCGCUUUUAGACAUCCCGAUGCAUUCCGCAUUGGUACGUCAUGUUUUGAGAAGAAAGGACUCGCUCUCUUUGCGCGAACCCCCAUCAAUGCUACAUGCAGGGGAGAGAUAUGUCACGUCCACCAUAGCGAUCGAAGCAUGCAUCUGAAUCUCCAUCCAGACGAUGCCAAGGUUGUUCUGGAGAAGGGAUGGGGUGAGAGACAUCCACUUGCUCGAGGUGGUUGGAUGAAAGCUUAUGUUCCUCGGGAGUUCAUCAUGAUCUACGCCCCGAGAGAUCGUACUGAGUUGGAUGUUAUAUGCCGUAUCGUCGAAGCAGCGGGAUUCUGGGUCUGUGGUGAGCGACUUGCCUUGAAGGCUGAAAGCCAGCCUAUGGUGAAACGAGAUACCGAAGCGGAAGGGUCGGGUUGCUGA